UUACCACAUCUCUCUCUCUCUCUCUCUCCCUCUCUCUCCCUCUCCCCCAAAUGGAAGUUUCUCCGACCGCAACGUCCGGCAUCUCCGUCGACCUGUACGGUCUCUCCGACACCAAAUCUCUUCCCGAACCCGAUGUCGACAUCCUCACCUGCGACGCCCUCCGCAUCCCCGCGCACUCUAGCAUCCUGGCCUCAGUGUCGCCGGUGCUGGAAAACGUAAUCGACCGGCCACGUAAGCACCGGAGCUCCGAGCGGGUCAUUCCGAUUCUCGGCGUUCCCUACGACGCCGUAUUGGCCUUCGUUCGCUUCCUCUACUCCUCCAGUUGCUCAGAGGAGAACAUGGAGAAGUACGGAAUCCAUCUGUUGGCGCUGUCCCACGUGUACCUGGUUCCACAGCUGAAGCACCGGUGCACUAAGGAGCUCGGACAACGUUUGACCAUGGAAAACGUGGUGGACGUCCUCCAACUGGCGAAGAUGUGCGACGCAGCGGAUCUCUACCUCAAGUGCUUGAAGUUGGUCGCCAAUCACUUCAAGGUUGUUGAGACAACUGAAGGAUGGAAAUUCUUGCAAGAUCACGACCCUUGGCUCGAACUCGACAUCUUGCAAUUCAUCGAUGAGAUCGAAUCGAGGAAGAAGAGGACAAGGAAGCAUAGGGAGGAGCAGAGGUUGUAUCUCCAGCUUAGUGAGGCAAUGGAGUGCUUGGAGCACAUAUGCAAGGAAGGUUGCACAAGUGUUGGACCCUACGACAUGGAGCCAGGUCACAAGAGGGGCCCAUGCAGCAAGUUUUCCACGUGUCAAGGACUCCAGAUGCUGUUCCAGCACUUCGCCACGUGUAAACGGAGGGUGAAUGGAGGGUGCUUGCGUUGCAAGCGCAUGUGGCAGCUUCUUAAGCUUCACUCUUCAAUGUGCGACGAACCUGAUUCUUGCAGAGUCCCUCUGUGCAGGCAAUUCAAGUUGAAAAUGCAGCAAGAGAAAAAGAGAGACGAGGCCAAGUGGAAACUGCUUGUGAAGAAGGUGGUGUCGGCCAAAACCAUAUCUUCCCUGUCUCUGUCAAAGAGGAAGAGGGAGGAAGAAUUAGGAGAAGCAAGAAGCACGACUCCUCCUCCUAAUGGAAUUAGAAGUUUCAGAUUGUGAUUGAUUAGGUCUGUGGCAAAUUAGUGACAUGAUGAUUGGUUGUUUUUCCCCCACGAAUGUCACAAAGAACUGUGUAUGAUCAUGUCCAAUGUAUAUUUAAGUGGGAGUUUUGGUUCUUCCAGAUGGUACUUAACCCUAGUAGAAAUUGGGGUUAACAUUUAGUUAAUAUGUUUAGUUACCAAUAUUGGGGAAGUAUUAUCAUGUCCAAUUUGGUUUCAUUAGUUAUAUGUACCUUAGUAAUUUUUAUUUCAGUAUAUUUUCAUUUGUUUUGGUGACAUUUAUCUCAUCUUUAAUAUUAUGAUAAAUUUGUAAUUUUAA